UUGAGAAUACAUACUUUAAGUGAAAUGCAACAUCAAUAACUCCUGUAUAUAAAUCCGAUCCCAUUUUGUCAUUAUUUUUAAUUGGUGAUCAGUUAACCCACUGCAAAGUCAGUUUUCAAUCUGUUUUCAUAAAAACUUUCUAAAAUGUCACAAAAUGAAAGCAAUGAGGGUCGUCUCAAGAUUGGAAUCGUUGGGGCUGGUAUCGCAGGCAUGUGCACUGGAAUUCAGCUUCAAAAUCAAUUAGGAAUUCACGACUACGUCAUAUUUGAUGAAAGACAUGACGUGGGUGGAGUGUGGUUGGUAAAUACUUAUCCGGGAUGUGCCUGCGACGUUCCAAGUCAUUUCUACUCAUUUUCUUUCGAACCCAAUCCGAAUUGGUCCGAAUCGUUCUCCUCACAAUCUGAGAUCCUCGAGUACUUGAAAUCUGUUGCAAGAAAACACGAUUUGUACAAGAAAAUCAAGUUUAAACAUCAAGUCAAGAAUUGUGUUUGGGAUGAAAAGAUUUCAAAAUGGAGAGUCCUUACCCAGAAUAAGGGCCUUGAGAAGGAGUACAUUUUUGACAUUAUGAUAUCAUGCCUAGGUGGAUUAAGAGCACCACACAUUCCUGCUGAAUUUGAUGCUUUCAAAGGACCAAAAAUGCAUUCAGCACUUUGGGAUAACAAAAUCAAGUUGAAGAAUAAAAAGGUUGCCAUUGUAGGAACUGGAGCUAGUGCGAUACAAAUAAUACCAAAAAUUGUGGACAAUGUCAACACUUUGACUGUUUAUCAACGACGUCCACCUUGGGUAGUUCCCCGUAUGCAAUUUAGCUUCCCAAACUGGGCGCAGUGGGCAUUUGCACACAUACCUGGACUUCAAAAGACGUUUCGAUCGACAUUGUUUUGGUUUUACGAGAUGUCACAUGCUAUUUAUAUGAAGGAGUCGACCCUGAGUAAACUUGGAGAACGGCUUGGCAAAAACUACUUGAAGAAGGAAUUCAAAAGAGACGACGAGAAAUUGCAACAUGAAUUGAUUCCAAAAUACAGCAUUGGUUGCAAAAGGAUAACUCCAUCGGAUGAGUAUUACAAUUCGUUGAGCCAACCCAAUGUCAACAUCAUUACGAGCAAAAUUACUAAAGUGAAUCCUCGAUCCAUCGUUACUGAUGACGGUCAUGAAGAAAAUAUUGACGUCUUAAUAUUAGCAACCGGGUUUAAAGUCCAGGAAUUUUUCAGCCCUUUGGAAAUUAUUGGAAAGGAUUCUGUGAACAUAAUGAAGUUGUGGAAGUCCGAGGGACCCUCGUCGUAUCUGGGAAUGACAAGUUCCACUCUCCCAAACUGUUUUUUCGUCAUCGGACCCAAUUCUGCACUUGGGCAUACAUCAGCCAUUUUCUCCAUUGAAUGUCAAGUCAAUUGGAUAGCUAAAGUUUUGCAAGAAGUGAUCAAUCGGAAUAGUUCCGUCGUCACCGUCGACGAAAAUGCAGAGAAGCAGCACAUGGAAAGGGUUUUGUCACAAGUUCAAAACACGGUGUGGUCGGAAGAUUGUGGUUCUUAUUGGAAAGAUCAUCGAGGCGUUGUUACAGGUUUGGUUCCAGAUACUGGAUUUGGAUACUGGCGGAAAACACGUUCUCCUAAUUUUAAUCAUUUCAUUUUCAACUAGCUCAUACGUACUUACGUAAAUAAUAUAAAACAGUGUAUCUGGACAGUUUUACUGUCAUAUCAAUCAAGUGUACUUAUGUUUGUUGCAAAUAUUCUGGAAAUAAAUAAUAAUUGCAUUUAACUUUGUAACGCUGA